UGCACACACAGUUGAGUCAGGGUACGGAGUGUGUGUGGACGGGUGUGUGAGAGAGCUGAUUAUACACAGGGUCCAGGGCUGCGGUUCACAAGAGUCCCUUACCUGUGCGGAACAAAUAGUGAAUUGGAGAUGAAAAGGCGCCCCCGUGCCAAUGACCAAAAUAAGGGCGAGCGAGGGCUUAUGCUGAACGCAUAGGCUAUUUUAGUGAAUGUUCUAACGAUUCCUGAGACAGUUUUGAGUGAAGGUCAAUUUGGACUCUUAAUUCCUACUCUGUCAGUCUUUAAUUUGUAUUUUUCACCUGGAUUUGUAUCACUGUGUGAUUUGUAUCACUGAGUGCUCAAUGGAAGAAGAAAAUAACUUGCAUCCAAGAGAUCCAACAAGUGGCUGAAUUAAUAUUAUUUAUCUGCAUGAACGACUGGACAAAAACAACGGAUUAAGCAUCGUUGAAUUGUCUCAUUGUCUUUGUCUGCCUCUCUUCUACCGCACGGUUCCUUCCUAUCCAUGGACCUGACCCCCGCACCCUCUUUGAAAGUAAAGUUGUGAACGACUCUCUGAAGAACCACUCAUAUGAAGACCAGGUCACAGGUGGCAGCCCCAGACCGUCACCGCAGCCAUGCCUAUCAUGCAUCCAAUCACCUCCAAUUUGAUGUACCGGGGCAUCUGCACUAUCCCGGACAUGCUCGCCUACCGAGCCCCGGUCAACCUGCCCGAGGACGAGGUUGAAGAGAUCCGCGAGGCGUUCAAGGUGUUUGACCGUGAUGGGAAUGGCUUUAUUUCCAAGCAGGAGCUAGGCAUGGCCAUGAGAUCCCUGGGAUACAUGCCCAACGAGGUGGAGCUGGAGGUCAUCAUACAGAGACUGGACAUGGACGGUGAUGGUCAGGUGGAUUUCGAGGAGUUUGUCACUCUCCUCGGACCCAAGCUGACAGCAGCCGGAAUGCCUGACAAGUUCCACGGAACCGACUUUGACUCCGUGUUCUGGAAGACUGACAUGCAGAAGCUGACGGUGGAGGAGCUGAAGAGGCUGCUGUACGAUACGUUCUGCGACCACCUGACCAUGAAGGACAUCGAGAAUAUCAUCAAGACCGAGGAGAGCCAUAUAGAGAACGCAGGGGCCUGCCAGGUGGAUAUAGACACUAGUCCAACGCAGCAAGUCAAGCAGACGUGUGUACGCAAGAGCCUGAUAUGUGCUUUCGCCAUUGCUUUCAUCAUCAGUGUCAUGCUUAUCGCAGCCAAUCAGGUGCUGCGGAGCGGCAUGAAGUAGACGGGGACACCUAUGGCCUCCUGACCCUCUGAAAGAGACUAAUGUAAAACACCUGGACAAAUGACUGAGGAAAAACUUCUAAACCACAACCACAACCACAAACACAACCAUGACCAGAACAACAACAAUGACAAAAACAACAACAGACGAUCAAACCAACAUUAAAAUAAACUGAAAGGAAAAGAAUACAUGGCUCUCAUCCAAUUGACUUCAUGGGCAUAUUUCCCAACUUGCUCCUUAAACUCCUUUCUGAAUGGAACCCAUUGAGCCCCUACUAUGUGGGCCUGGAAGAUGACCAUCAUCUGUGCAUGAAGUGCAUGGAUUUAACCAGUCGUCUCUUGAAACAUUUGUAGAAGUUAUUAUAAGUGUAUAUCCAUAGAACUGUGUAACAAACAUAGGUGUGUUUUAAAUCACGUAUGGCCAACUGUGACUUUCACUUUUGUUAAUGGGGUUUGGGUCGGAGGUCAAGGUGUCAGGUUAAGGACCAAAGUUCAGUGGUCAGGGGAGGGAAUGGAGAAUUUGUUUUUCUGUACUGUGUACCAAAUAAUAUUUAAUGAUAGGAAUACUUCACAGUUCUGCAUGAACAUAAGGGCUGUUUAGUAGACUACAUGCUCGUAUUGUACAAGUAGUUUGUUGAGGAACUGUUCUUAUCGACGUACUGUGGACUAUUAACUUCACUGAGCAUCCCAUGACGAUCAUCAUAGUAUAUCUUACUGCCAAUGAAAAACAGCUCAGAUGUGAUGGAUUGUAUUAGCAUAUCACUGAGAAAUCCUAAAGUAUGUUAUUGAUAUUUGUUAUAUGUGCAUAGCCUAGUGCAGGUAGCUAAGUGGGUAGAGCUUUUUGCCAGUAACCGAACGGGUGAUAAUGCUGAUUAUGCUGAUUAUGCUGAUAAUGGGCCUCUGUACACCUAUGUAGAUAUUCCAUAAAAAAAUCUGCCGUUUCCAGCUACAAUAGUCAUUUACAACAUUAACAACGUCUACACUGUAUUUCUGAUCAAUUUUAUGUUAUUUUAACAGAUGAAAAAUGUGUUUUUCUUUCAAAACAAAAGGACAUUUCUAAGUGACCCCAAACUUUUGAACCGUAGUGUAUAUAAACGCAACAUGCAACAAUCUCAUUGAUUUUACUGAGUUACAGUUCAUAUGAGGAAAUCAGUCAAUUGAAAUAAAUUCAUUAGGCCCUAAUCAAUGGAUUUCACAUGACUGGGAAUAAAGAUAUGCAUCUGUUGGCCACAAAUACCUCAAAGAAAUGGGCCUUAGGAUCUCAUCACGUUUUUUUUGUGCAUUCAAAUUGCCAUCGAUAAAAUGCAAUUGUAUUCGUUGUCCGUAGCUUAUUCCUGCCACAACCAUAACUCCACCGUCACCAAUGCGGCACUGUGUUCACAACGUAGGCAUCAGCAAACCGCUCGCCCACAAGACGUCAUAAAAAAUAUAAGAAAUACACGUGUUCUGCAGUUGUGAGGCCGGUUGGAUGUACUGCCAAAUUCUCUAAAACAAUGUUGGAGGCAGUUUAUGGUAGAUACAUGAACAUUAAAUUCUCUGGCAACAGCUCUGGUGGACAUUCCUGCAAAUUGCACUCUCCAAAUUACAUUCCUGCCAAUUGCAUGCCUCUUUAAAACUUGAGACAUCUGUAGAAUUGUAUUGUGGAUGACAAAACUGCACAUUUUAGAGUGGCCUUUUAUUGUGCACCUGUGUAAUGAUAAUGUUUAGUUAGCUUCUUGAUAUGCCACACCUGUCAUGUGGAUGGAUUAUCUUGGCAAAGGAGAAAUGCUCACUAACUGGGAUGUAAACCAAUUUGUGCACAAUUAUUUUUUUAGUAAGCUUUUUGUGCACAUGGAACAUUUCUGGGAUAUUUUAUUUCAGUUCAUGAAACACGGGACCAACACUUUACAUGUUGCGUUUAUAUUUUUGUACAGUUUACAUCAGCCAAAUCAAGGUGUAGAUUACAACACACAUUCAAGUGUUUGAACUUGUUACAGGGCUGCAUGGGAUUAUUACUGCCAGCAGCAUUCCACACUGAAUACCACUGCUGGCUUGCUUCUGAAGCUAAGCAGGGUUGGUCCUGGUCAGUUCCUGGAUGGGAGACCAGAUGCUGCUGGAAGUGGUUUUGGAGGGCCAAUAGGAGGCACUCUUCCCUCUGGUCUAAAAAAAGAAUCCCAAUGCCCCAGGACACUGCCCUGUGUAGGGUGCUGUCUUUCGGAUGGGACGUUAAACAGGUGUCCUGAUUCUCUGAGGUCAUUAAAGAUCCCAUGGCACUUGUAAGAGUAGGGGUGUUAACCCUGGUGUCCUGGCUAAAUUCCCAAUCUGGCCCUCAAACUAUCACGGUCACCUAAUAAUACCCAGUUUACAGUUGGCUCAUUCAUCCCCCUCCUCUCCCCUGUAAGGUCGUUGUUGCAAAUGAGAACGUGUUCUCAGUCAACUUACCUGGUAAAAUAACAGAUAAAUAAAUUACUAAUGCAAUAGCUUUAAUGCAGGAAGCCGCUUGCUGAUUUGACAGCUCCAAUGCAGUUACAUCUCCGACAUCGCCUAAAUAAAACAAUUAAACAAACUGCUAUGCAGUUGUCAUGGGUUAAGGCAGAAUGGGAUUGAAUCUAGCCCUGGGUUCUGUUGUUGGAUCUCUGAAUGUGGGCAUGAUGACAUGGGUUAUAUUUGUUGGAGAUUUGACUAUUCAGCUGUGAAGUGUAUGAAUCAGAGAUGAGAUCUCAAUGUAACGAAAAUAAUAGGACGAAGCAUUGGAGAGAUACUGUGGAGCAUGAACAAAAUAACAAAAAUAAAAUGCCCUUCUCUAUAAUACUGAAAUAUGUAUUGGAGGCUGAGGAUAUUUAAUUUGUAUUGAAUAUAACUUUUUUUGUGUUUGACAUGAUUGUCAGAACCAGUAUUUGUGUAUUAUGAACAAGCAUACCACCGAGGUGAUGGAAUAAUGAUUACUGUCCUGUCUAAAAACAGUCAGGGCAACAAUUAUCUCACGUGCAUGAGCAUUUUGUUAAAGGCAUCUAGGUUGCAAGAGGACAUAAUACAAUUGCACAUGGUCAAUUUACAUGUACUUUAAACAAAUGUAUUGUAAACAAAUGUAGCACUUUGUAGUACUGCGCAAAACAUACUUGUCUGUGUUUUGAAUAGUUACUGUUUUGUACAUUUUCCUUAUAUCAUCAAAAGAAUGCAAUGAUGAAGAAGAGUAGAUGACCCCACCUAAUUUGUUGUUACAUUUAACUGGUAAAUCUGUUGUUGGUACAUUCAGUUUGUGCGACAGUUGACUACACUGCUUAAUUAAAUGUCUUUAUUUUUUACAUAUU